CCUAAAGCAAAACUUUCGUUCCAGCCAAAACAAUGGCAGCCGCCACCGCACGCCCUCUUGUCACCGUCCAAGGACUCGACGGUGACAUGACCACCGACCAAUCCAACACCGUUUGUUUGCCGGACGUUAUGACUGCACCUAUGAGGCCAGACAUCGUCAGUUUUGUACACGCCCAAAUCUCUAACAACAGCCGUCAGCCUUACGCUGUCUCCAAACGCGCCGGUCACCAGACUUCCGCCGAGUCCUGGGGAACCGGACGAGCGGUGUCGCGUAUCCCUCGUGUUCCGGGUGGUGGAACUCACCGCGCCGGUCAAGCAGCGUUCGGAAACAUGUGUCGUGGUGGUCGGAUGUUUGCUCCCACUAAGAUCUGGAGACGCUGGCACCGUCGUGUCAAUGUCAACAUGAAGAGACACGCCAUUGUUUCGGCGAUUGCCGCUACUGCUGUUCCGUCUCUCGUGAUGGCCCGUGGUCACAAGAUCGAGAAUGUCCCCGAGUUGCCCCUUGUUGUUAGCGAUUCAGCUGAAGGUGUGGAGAAGACAUCCGCUGCGAUCAAGCUCUUUAAGCAGAUCGGUGCCUAUGACGAUGCGGAGAAGGCCAAGGACAGUAUCGGAAUCCGCCCUGGUAAGGGUAAAGCGAGGAACCGUCGUUACAUUUCCCGGAAAGGUCCUCUUGUUGUUUUCGGAACCGAAGGAGCUAAGAUCGUGAAGGCAUUCAGGAAUCUUCCAGGUGUCGAGCUUUGCCAUGUAGAGAGGCUUAAUUUGUUGAAGCUAGCUCCUGGUGGUCACCUUGGUCGGUUUGUUGUCUGGACUAAGUGUGCUUUUGAGAAGCUCGAGUCCAUCUAUGGCUCAUUCGAGAAGCCAUCUGAGAAGAAGAAGGGUUACGUCUUGCCUCGUGCCAAGAUGGUGAACGCCGAUCUUGCUAGGAUUAUCAACUCCGAUGAGGUCCAGAGUGUGGUGAAGCCGAUCAAGAAGGGCUCUACUAGAGCUGUUCUUAAGAAGAACCCAUUGAAGAACCUUAAUGUGAUGCUUAAGUUGAAUCCUUAUGCUAAGACCGCAAAGAGGAUGUCUCUGUUGGCUGAAGCUCAAAGGGUUAAGUCCAAGAAGGAGAAGCUUGAGAAGAAGAGGAAAAUCGUCACUAAGGAGGAGGCACAAGCGAUCAAAGCAGCAGGCAAGGCUUGGUACCAGACUAUGAUCUCCGACAGCGAUUACACCGAGUUUGAUAACUUCACCAAGUGGCUCGGUGCCAGCCAGUAAUAAUAUGCUUUUAUCAUCGCAAAUUAUCUCAUAUUUAGGCAAAGAUUUUGGUUAUCUGUUUUAUGAUCUUCAUUUGACUUGGAUUUAUCUGGGAUUUACUUUCUUGAAGUGUGAUUUUGUUGAGAUGUUAAGAGGAGUUUUAAGAACUACAAAACAUGUUUUUUCCCAGCUUUAGCGCUUUUGCUUCUCUCUAAAAUUCCUCCAUCGGGAGAUUAUGACGAAACAAUCAAUUUGAUCAUCAUC